CUCCGCGGCCUCAACGUCAGCACCAGCGUCUCGCCUCUCUAUACAUAACGGCGACCAUAAAACCGGAUCACCUAGGCUGACAACAUGACUCAAGUUCGCACCUUUGCUCUUCCCCAGCCUCUAGGGGAGAGACUUGCUGAGCCAACUCCUACAUCUGCCCCCAUCACCUCAACCAUCUCUUCCGCCACCCCUCGUUUCCUCCCAGAUAUUCCCGAACUCCCUCAAGGGCGAGACUCCGUGCCCAAGGUCAACGGCGACUACAAGAGGGUCCCAAUGGCCACGUACAACGAUACCAAGAAGGAGGGCGGCAUCACAUUUUCCGGCCAGGACAAGCUACCCAAACUUCCCAUCCCUGACCUAGAAGCCACUUGCCGCCGCUACAUCGAAUCCCUUCGCCCCCUUCAGUCACCCCGAGAGCAAGCAGAGACCCAGUACGCAAUAGACGAGUUCCUAAAGGGCGAUGGACAGGAUUUGCAGGAAAAGCUGAAGCAGUAUGCUCAGGGAAAGACCAGCUACAUCGAACAGUUCUGGUACGAUUCUUACCUCAAUUUCGAUAAUCCCGUUGUUCUCAACCUGAACCCAUUUUUCCUCCUGGAAGAUGAUCCGACACCCGCCCGCAACAACCAGGUGACUCGGGCCGCGUCCCUGGUUGUGUCUUCGCUUGAGUUCGUCCGAGCUGUACGCAAGGAGGAGUUGCCCCCAGAUAAGAUCAAGGGAACUCCCCUUUGUAUGUAUCAGUUUUCCAGACUCUUUGGAACAGCUCGAGUUCCCACCGAGGAUGGCUGCCAAAUUGAGCAAGACCCGGAGUCGAAGCACAUUGUCAUCAUGUGUCACGGACAGUUUUACUGGUUUGAUGUUCUGGACGACAACUCGGACCUCAUCAUGACGGAAAGGGACAUUUCGAUCAACCUUCAGACCAUCAUCGAUGACGCCACACAAACCCCUAUCCAGGAGGCUGCAAAGGGGGCUUUGGGUGUCUUGAGUACCGAGAACCGAAAGGUGUGGUCAGGCCUGAGAGAUGUCCUGACUCGCGAGCCCACGUCAAACAAUGCAGACUCUCUCAGCAUUGUUGACUCGGCUCUCUUUGUCCUCUGCCUCGACUACACUGAAUCUGCCGAUGCCGCAGCUCUCUGCCAAAAUAUGCUGUGCGGAACCAACGAAGUGGAGAAGGGUGUCCAGAUCGGCACCUGCACCAACCGGUGGUACGACAAGCUUCAGAUUAUUGUCUGCAAGAACGGAAGUGCUGGAAUCAACUUUGAACACACUGGCGUGGAUGGACAUACGGUUCUUCGGUUUGCUAGUGACGUCUACACGGAUACCAUUCUUCGAUUCGCGCGUACCAUCAAUGGCCAAGCUCCCAGCCUCUGGGCCUCAACAAGCCCCGACCCGUCCAAACGAGACCCCGAGAGCUUUGGCGACGUAAACACCACCCCUCGCAAGUUGGAGUGGGACAUGAUCCCCGAGCUGAGUGUCGCCGUUCGCUUCGCCGAGACCAGACUGGCCGACCUUAUCCAACAGAAUGAAUUCCAGUGCCUGGAUUUCGGCCACUACGGCAAGAACUUCAUCACAUCCAUGGGAUUCUCGCCCGAUGCUUUUGUGCAGAUGGCUUUCCAAGCCGCCUACUAUGGUCUAUACGGCCGUGUUGAAAGCACUUACGAGCCUGCCAUGACCAAGGUGUACCUGCACGGCCGCACUGAAGCUAUCCGAACUGUCUCAAAGGAAUCGGUUGAUUUCGUGCAGGCUUUCUGGUCAGAGAACCCGGCCGAGGCCAAGAUCGAGGCGCUGAAGAGGGCCUGCCAGAAACAUGUCGCAAACACGAGGCAGUGCCUGAAGGCCGAAGGUUGCGACCGUCACCUUUACGCUCUGCUCUGUGUCUGGCAGAGGAGCAUGGACGACGAGUUGGACAGUGGCCUUAGCAGCACUGGUUACUCUAGCCCGAUGGAUGGGUACUCUGAGCGAGGUGUCAACUCGCCCAUUGGCAGCCCUACCAACGACUCGAUUGGCUCUGUUGAUGGCGUGGAGCUGAAGCCCUCGCGUGAGCGAGGGUACAGCACCAAUUCGCGGUCGCGAGACCAGAAUCCUCUCCCGCUCAUCUUCGCUGACCCCGGCUGGGACAAGCUGAACAACACCAUCCUCUCUACAUCCAACUGUGGAAACCCAGCUCUCCGACAGUUCGGCUUCGGACCCACGUCGGGAGAUGGAUUCGGCAUCGGAUACAUCAUCAAGGAAGAAGGCAUCUCCAUCUGCGUAUCGAGCAAGCACCGCCAGACGGCUCGUUUCGUCGAUACGCUCGAGAGCUACCUGCUCGAGAUCCGCCGCAUCUUGCGCAUCAGCAACCGCAAGAUGUCCACCAUGAAGGCCAGCCGCGCCCGUGAGGCCGAGAACGCCAUGCACCACACCAAGCCCACCAACCGGCUCAAGUCCCGUGGGCGCCCCAUCACGGCCGUCGACAGCAUUCGCUCCAACACGGGCACCACGUCUCCCACCAACGAGAGCAGUGCCUUUAGCGAGGACGAUGAGAUCGGCGGAUGUAAGUUGCGCCACGCAUAUCAGACACGAUUGCAGUUACUAACCUUACCCACAGAUGGCUUUUUCGACGCAGGCAUGCUUCUCCAGGCGCUCAAAGCCCGUAGUGUGCAAUUCGAUGUAGCGGAAACGCGUGCCUCGGAGCGAGCCGCGGUGCAAGCCCGCCGGCGAGAUGUGGGCAAGAAGCUGAGGCUGAUUGACUACUAAGCAUCCCAAUCAGCCGUCAUGUAACGGGUGUUGCAUGUUUGUCUUGUCUCUUUUGUUUUAUGUACUUGGUUAACGAUUCAGU